CCCAUCCAUGGAGCCGGGUCCGGUCCUCGCUCUGCUCGUGCUCCUCUCGCUGCCCGCGGCCCCCGCAGUGGAUGUGCUGCGGGCGCUGGGGAUGCAGCAUGGCCGCGAUGGCGUCUCCAUCACCACCGGGCUCUGCCCGCGGCGCCCUGGGACACCGGAGCCGGAUCUGGCAUUCCAUGUGGAUAACAGCACCCGGCACAGCGCGCCCACCCACCGGCUCUUCCCCGACCCCUCCUUCCCAUCGGACUUCUCCAUCCUGGCCACGGUGCGUGUGCGGCGCGGGACUCAUCCUGUCCUGCUCUCCGUGCACGACGAGCGCGGUGCUCAGCACCUGCAGCUGGGGCUCUCCCCCAUGUUCCUCUAUGAGGAUCAGGAUGGGACCCCUCCUCCGGAGCAGUAUCCCACCUUCCAUGGGCUCAACCUGGCUGACGGCAGGUGGCACCGCGUGGCGCUGGCCGUGGAGGGCACCAACGUCUCCCUCCUGGUCGAUUGUGGCCACGUGGCCACGAUGCUGCUGGGACCCCGGCCCCUGCUCAGCACCAAAGGGGUCACCGUGUUCGGGGGGCGCCUGAUGGAUGAGGAGCGCUUUGAGGGGGACAUCCAGCAGCUGCUGGUGCUGCCGGAGCCCGAGGCCGCCCGCUCCUAUUGCCAGCUCCAUAUGCCAGACUGCCAUCAUCCCCUGCGCUUCCCACUCCAAGCCCCAUUCCCGGAGGAUAGCAUCCCGGAGGAUCCCAUUUCUCCGCGUCGGAAAGGGAAGCGCAAGGGGAAAGGCAAGAAGAAGAGGAACAAGGAGGUGGCGGAGCAGGAUGAGGCCCCUGUGGUGCGCAGCCAGGACACUGGGAAGGAGCUGGAGCAGGAUGGUGCUGAGGACCUCAGCAACCGGGAUCCCAGGAUCGGGAAGCACUUGGGCUCUGCUGACAGGGAUGCGGCACUGAUCCCGGCUUCCCAAUGGCCCCCCCUCUUCCUCCUCAUGCAGGAGCCGGGAUUGAAGGGGGAAAAGGGGGAACGGGGAAGCAUGGAGCCGGGCCGUCGAUUGGAGGGGCCCCCAGGACCCCCAGGCCCUGCGGGAGAACCGGGCCCACCGGGAAUACCGGGACUCCCAGGGCUGCCUGGGGAACACAGGGAUCAGGGUCCCGCAGGACGGCCGGGACUGCCUGGAGCCGAUGGGAUCCGCGGGCCUGCUGGGACCGUCCUGGUGCUGCCGUUCCACUUUGGAGGAGAUUCCCUCAGGGCUCCCACAGUUUCCUUCCAAGAGGCUCAAGCCCAAGCGAUCCUGCAGCAGGCAAAGCUUGCCAUGAAGGGUCCCCCAGGUCCCAUGGGGCUCACCGGCCGCCCAGGCCCCCUGGGUCUACCCGGACACUCAGGCCUGAAAGGGGAUGCAGGGGAUGUGGGGCCACGGGGACCCCGCGGGAUGCAGGGAGCGCCGGGAGCACCGGGCAAGCUGGGCAGACGGGGCCGUGCUGGAGCUGAUGGUGCCAGGGGGAUCCCCGGGGAACCAGGCCCUAAGGGAGACAGAGGCUUCGAUGGGCUGCCAGGGCUGCCGGGGGAGAAGGGGCACAGGGGGGAUGUGGGCAAGGCAGGACCAGCAGGAACCCCUGGGGAGAAGGGUGCCAAGGGCUCCGAUGGCCUCCCUGGAGCCCGGGGACAGGCGGGGGAACCAGGCACCAGAGGCUUGAUGGGCUCCCGUGGCCCCCCCGGGCCCCCUGGACCACUGGGUACCAGUGGCAUUGACGGACCACCAGGACCUAAAGGCAACGUGGGAAUCCAUGGGGAGCCGGGAGCCCCAGGGCAGCAAGGGAACCCUGGUCCCCAGGGUCUGCCUGGUCCCCAGGGCCCCGUGGGGCUGCCAGGGGAGAAGGGCCUGCUGGGAAAGCCGGGAAUGCCGGGCAUCGCUGGAGCCCAUGGGCCCCCUGGGCAUCGGGGCCGGGAAGGGCCAGCAGGAGAGAAGGGCCUGCAGGGCCCUGUGGGUGCCCCGGGUCCCAUUGGCUACCCAGGAGCCCGUGGGGUGAAGGGAGCUUUUGGUGUGCGGGGCCUGAAGGGCAACAAAGGGGAGAAGGGAGAAGAUGGAUUCCAUGGCUUCAAGGGGGACCUGGGACCCAAGGGGGACAGGGGGGAGCAGGGCCCGUUGGGGCCCCGUGGUGAGGAUGGGCCUGAGGGGAUGAAGGGAGAGACGGGAAUGAUGGGAGAGCCUGGAGGCACUGGUCCUACGGGAGAGAAGGGCCGGCUCGGUGUUCCAGGUCUCCCAGGCUAUCCUGGGCGCCAGGGGCCCAAGGGAUCCACCGGCUUUCCUGGUGCUGUGGGGCUGGAGGGAGAGAAGGGCAAGAGGGGCAAGGCUGGCCAGGCCGGACCAAUGGGGCAGCGAGGCCCCCCGGGUAUCCCAGGGGAUCGAGGUCUUCCUGGUCCCACAGGAAAACCUGGACCCAAAGGAGACCCUGGCCAUGAUGGAGCCCCCGGGGCAGUGGGAGAGAAGGGUCCUCCAGGUCCAGAGGGACCCAGCGGCUUCCCGGGUACCAAAGGACCCCCUGGUCCUUCCGGGAAGGAUGGAUUGCCAGGACACCCAGGCCAGCGUGGAGAGACGGGCUUCCAUGGCCGCACCGGCCCCCCUGGCCCCACAGGGGUGGUGGGACCCCAGGGGAAAUCAGGAGGGACCGGAUCCAUGGGGGAGAGGGGGCACCCAGGCCCCCCAGGCCCCCCCGGUGAUCAGGGCCUGCCUGGAGCCGCCGGCCGAGAGGGAGCCAAGGGUGAUCCCGGUCCCGCCGGCAUUCCCGGGAAGAGCGGCCCCACUGGUAUCCAUGGUUUUCCUGGCCCACGAGGAGCAUCCGGAGCCACGGGCCCUCCGGGAUUGAAGGGUUGGGAAGGACCCCCCGGGCCCCCUGGACCCACAGGCCCCCCCGGAGAGCGAGGUCCAAUGGGAGCUGCUGGAAGCAUCGGGAUGCCCGGCCGGGGGGGGGCACAGGGACCUCCCGGUCCCAUAGGAGAGAAGGGGUCCCCAGGUGAGCGCGGGGCCAUGGGUCCGGCUGGGCAGGAUGGGAUCCGAGGUCCCAUGGGAAUGCCGGGUCCGGGGGGGCCCCCCGGUCCCUCGGGAGAAGAUGGGGAUAAGGGCGAGAUGGGGCUCCCUGGCCAGAAAGGCAGCAAAGGGGACAAGGGCGAUGGGGGUCCCCCAGGACCCCCAGGAAGCCAAGGACCCAUUGGGCAUCCCGGGCCUGCGGGAGCCGAUGGGGAGCCGGGAGGUCGAGGACAACAGGGAAUGCUUGGGCAGAAAGGGGAGGAAGGAUCCCGGGGUCACCUCGGCCUGAGCGGCCCCCCUGGCCUGCAGGGAAUGCCGGGUGCUCCGGGGGAGAAGGGUGAGAAUGGAGACGUGGGUCCUAUGGGCCCCCCUGGAGCACCAGGACCCCGUGGACCACAAGGACCCAAUGGUGCUGAGGGGCCUCAGGGAAUGCCGGGCGGUGUGGGACAACUGGGAGCUGUGGGAGAUAAGGGGGAGCCGGGAGAAGCCGGAGAUCCGGGAAUACCGGGAGAGCCUGGAGCAGCCGGUGCCAAAGGAGAUGUGGGGGAGAAGGGGGAUGUGGGGCAGUCUGGAGCUGCUGGACCCCCCGGCAAGAAGGGGCCACCGGGAGAGGAUGGAGCCAAAGGGGAGCUGGGUCCCAUUGGAUUUCCUGGGGAUCCUGGUCCCCCUGGAGACCCUGGUGUGCCGGGUCUGGACGGAGCUGCUGGAGACAAGGGUGACAGUGGGGACCCCGGCCUGCCUGGUCCUCCGGGUGCCUCAGGGGAGCCAGGCCCCCCAGGCCCCCCCGGCCGCAGGGGACCCAUAGGAUCCAUGGGGCGCGAGGGCCGUGAGGGCGAGAAGGGGGAUAAGGGACAUCCCGGCACCGAAGGGCCACCGGGGAAGCCGGGUCCUAUAGGAGCUCAGGGAGCACCGGGACAAGCGGGAGCCAAUGGGAUGCGCGGGAUCCCGGGAUCUGCGGGGGAUCAAGGGAUGAUGGGGGCGCCGGGACAGGUGGGACCCCCUGGCCCCAUGGGUCCUGUGGGGCUGCCUGGCCUCAAAGGAGACCCCGGCCACAAAGGAGAUAAGGGCCACGCUGGCCUCAUUGGCAUCAUUGGACCCCCAGGAGAGAUGGGGGAGAAAGGAGACCAGGGGCUCCCUGGCAUCCAGGGCCCCCCCGGACCCAAAGGGGACCCUGGCCUGGCUGGACCCAUGGGCCCCCCCGGCCCCCCUGGGCCCCCCGGGCUCUCGGGUCCCUUGGGCCAGAAGGGUUCCAAAGGAUCCCCGGGUGCUCUUGGUCCCCGAGGUGACGCAGGGCCCCCCGGCCCCCCAGGACCACCAGGCCCCCCGGCCGAGCUCUUGGAGCCGCUGCCCCCCAGCGGGUACCGGAGGCACCGCAGGGCGAGCGCAGGGCUCGGGAGGGACCGGGCCGAGCCCCCCCCGGCUCCCGAAGGGCUGGAGGAGGCUUUGGCAUCGCUCCGCUCCCUCCGCACCGAACUGGAUCAGCUCCAGAGGCCCUUGGGCACCGCCGAGAGCCCCGCACGGGUCUGCAGCGAGCUCCGGCUCUGCCACCCGCACCUGGGCGAUGGGGAAUACUGGAUUGAUCCCAACCAGGGCUGCUCCCGUGAUGCCUUCCGGGUGUUCUGCAACUUCACGGCGGGUGCUGAGACCUGCCUGUUCCCGGCCAAGGAGCUGGAGAUGGUCCGCUUGGCUGCUUGGAGCAGGGAGAAGCCAGGGACGUGGUUCAGCACCUUCAAACGGGGCCAGAAGUUUUCCUAUGUGGAUGUGGAUGGGAACACUGUGGCCGUGUCCCAGCUCAACUUCCUGCGGCUGCUGAGCACCAGCGCCCGUCAGAACAUCACCGUCAGCUGCCAAAACGCUGCCGUUUGGUUCGAUGCCAGCACCGGCACCUUCACCAGGGCCCUGCGCUUCCAUGCAUCCAAUGGCGAGGAGCUGGGAUACCGGCACCCGGCAGCACCCAUCCGGGCCCUGCAUGACGGCUGCCAGGAUCGGCGCGGCCGGGAGCAGACGGUGCUGGAAGUGGCCUCAUCCUGCUUGGAGCUGUUCCCUCUGCUGGAUGUGGCCGUGCCUGACUUCGGAGGCACCAACCAGAAGUUCGGCUUCCAACUGGGCCCCGUCUGCUUCCGGGGCUGAUGCGCACGGGAUGGGAUGGGACCGGGAAUGCUGAUCCAGGGAAUACUCAGGACUCGGAGCUGCCCCUUCUGACCCUUAUUUAUACAGAGGGGGUUCAAGACACCCCCUUUCCCCAUGGUGCUACAACGCUCCCAUAGUGAAGCACUGGAUGUGCCCUUGGUGAAGCCCAUCCCGGUAUUCCCGAAGAUGGGAUGGGUUGAACCUCCUCGUGCUGGGGGAUGGGAA